AUGUCAAUAAAGUUUACAGCACAACAACUUAAUUAUCUUAUCUAUAGGUAUUUAGAAGAAUCAGGCUUCAGAUUAACAACUCUUGCCUUUAAAACUGAAACUCAAAUUGAUAAACUAGAAAUUAAUACAGAAGAAGUAGAACGUGGUGCAUUAGUAACUUAUAUUCUUAAAGGUCUACAAUAUCGUGAUAUAGAAUUACAUACUAAUUCGGACGGCACUUCAAUUAAAUGUGAUGUAACUGUACCUUUAAUUGGUAAACAUACUUGUAAAAUAUCCACAGUUUCCGAACCACAAGUUAUCAUUGCUUCACAUUCCGAUUCUUAUAGAACAAAUGAAGUAAACCAAAAUUUAAAUGACGAUAACAUAGAUAAAGAUAAAUCUCAAAAAGAUUCAACAAAAAAUCCAUUAAAUGAUGAUAUAAACAACAAUUUAAUAACAAAAUUUUUACCUGAUGAGUUUGCCAAUUGA